CCGCUCUGCAACUUCACUGUUUCUCCUUCUAGUCCUCCACCUCCUUCUUGCUGAGCUUCUUCUUCAACAAUGGCGGAGGCAGAGUCGGAGUUAUCGAACACGGUGCGCAUACUUGUGGCGACGGACUGCCAUCUCGGGUACAUGGAGAAGGACGAGAUACGGCGGCACGAUUCCUUCAAAGCCUUCGAGGAGAUUUGUUCAAUCGCCGAACAAAAGCGCGUCGACUUCCUCCUCCUCGCCGGAGACCUCUUCCACGAGAACAAGCCUUCUCGCUCCACGCUCGUCAAGGCCAUCGAGAUCCUCCGCCGCCACUGCCUCAACGACAAUCCCGUCCCCUUCCAAGUCGUCAGCGACCAGACCCUCAACUUCCAGAACUCGUUUGGUCAUGUGAAUUAUGAAGAUCCUCACUUCAACGUUGGUUUGCCUGUAUUCACCAUUCAUGGGAAUCAUGAUGAUCCUGCAGGCGUGGACAACCUUUCUGCAGUUGAUAUUCUCUCAGCAUGUAAUCUAGUCAACUACUUUGGUAAAACAGUUCUUGGGGGUUCUGGUGUUGGUCAGAUCACUCUCCACCCUAUUCUUAUCAAGAAGGGUUCAACAGCUGUAGCUUUAUAUGGUCUGGGCAACAUUAGAGAUGAAAGACUUAAUAGGAUGUUUCAAACACCACAUGCUGUGCAAUGGAUUCGACCUGAAUCUCAGGAAGGAUGCCAAGUCUCUGAUUGGUUCAACAUUCUGGUUCUUCAUCAGAACAGGGUGAAAACAAAUCCAAAAAAUGCAAUAAAUGAGCACUUUUUGCCUCGUUUCCUAGACUUCAUUGUGUGGGGACAUGAACAUGAAUGUUUGGUUGAUCCGCAGGAAGUUCCAGGGAUGGGAUUUCACAUUUCACAACCUGGGUCAUCAGUUGCCACAUCACUUAUUGAUGGAGAAUCUAAGCCAAAGCAUGUACUUCUUCUAGAAAUUAAGGGGAAUCAGUAUCGUCCAACUAAGAUACCUUUGAUGUCUGUGAGGCCUUUUGAGUAUACAGAGGUAAUACUAAAAGAUGAAGCUGAUAUUGAUCCCAAUGAUCAAAAUUCAAUUCUUGAACACUUGGACAAAGUGGUGGUGAAGCUGAUAGAGAAAUCUAGGAAGAAGGCUGUCAACAGGGAUGAACUCAAGCUUCCAUUAAUACGUAUCAAGGUAGAUUACUCUGGAUUUAUGACUAUAAAUCCUCAAAGAUUUGGGCAGAAAUAUGUGGGGAAGGUUGCAAACCCACAAGAUAUUCUUAUAUUCUCAAAGGCUACAAGAAAGGCAAAGGGUGAAGGUAAAAUUGAUGAUUCGGAACGACUUCGUCCAGAAGAAUUAAAUCAACAGAACAUAGAGGCUUUGGUUGCUGAAAAUAAUCUGAAAAUGGAGAUACUUCCUGUCAAUGAUUUGGAUAUUGCACUACACAAUUUUGUGAACAAGGAUGACAAAAAUGCAUUUUACGUGUGUGUACAAAGCAAUAUUAACGAAACAAGAAACAAAAUUGCUAAGGAUUCAAAUACCAUGAAGUUCGAUGAGGAAGAUUUAAUUGUUAAAGUUGGAGAGUGCUUGGAGGAACGUGUCAAACAAAGAUCCACACAAUCUAAGGAACCCACACAGUUCACUUAUGCUGAUCAGUCAAUGGAGGAUUUUCAAGGCAGAAGCACCUCUGGAAUUGGACCUGCAGUUUCCUUUAGUGAUGAUGACGACACCAUGCAAAUAUCCACCUCAAAGCCAAGCACCAGAGGUAGGAAAGGGUCCUCUGGUGCUUCUCAAAAUCCAACAAGAGGGAGGGGCAGAGGCAGAGGCCGAGGUUCUAGCACGAUGAAACAGACAACUCUUGAUGGAGCAUUUCGCUCAUCUCAAAGGUCUGCAUCAGUUGCUGCUGCAACUGCACUCCAAAGUGCAGCUGAUGAUGGGGACAAUUUGGACUCUGCUUCAAGCGACAGUUUGGAAAAUGAAUCCAAUCUACCCGGAAGAAAAAGGGCUGCUCCAAGGGGUAGAGGUAGAGGAUCUACACAGUCAUCUAAACGUGGAAGGAAAUCAGAUAAUUCGAAAAUCCAUAGAAUGCUCAUGAACAAUGAUGAUGAUGAUGAUGACGACGACGAUGAUGCCAGAAAGAGAUUAAAUAAGUCUCAACCUCGGGUGACUAAAAACUAUGGAGCUCUAAGAAGGUGAACACACUGUUAUAUGCGAUUUUGCCGAUUUCCGCAGGCCUUAUACAUAGAUACUGUUGUAAUAUCAUAUGAAUCAUUAGGUGCAUUUCCUUGUACAGAAAAUAUAUGUAUUGACAAGUUUUGUGCACUGAUAAGGUCUCCCUUUGGGUUUAAGGAUAAACUAGUUAAGCAGAGUACAGGGAUAGUUUCUUUCCGUUUGUUUAUUUUUGUCUCUAGAAUUCCUCCUAAGUUUUGGGUUAGAUGUAGUAUUAGCGUAAAAUCUUAUUUAGAGUUACCUUAAUAUCCAGACUCUUGAAUCUUGAUUGUAGAUAUUGUUUCUCGCUGCAGUUUAUUUUCAUUG